UGGAAAGGGCUCCUGUGCCUUUAAGGGAGGAGGAGAAAAGUGGGGAGAGAGUUGUGACAAAGCCCCAGUUAUGACCCCAGCUCACCCCUUGCAUACAAUAGAUUUGCUUUACUUACUUAUUUACUUUACUUACUUAUGUUUCUCUCUUUUUCCCCAUCCAGUCGUGCCUCUUCGAAUUCUGCAGCACUGCUGGUCACAGCUGGCCUCCAGCUAGAGUGCUCAAGGUCCAGGUCAUCCCAAUUCUCACUGUCUAUGCCAGAGUUGUUGAGGAAAAAGCCCCACUUGCAACUGGUGUCAUGCUGAUGUGACUCUCCCUCUUCCUGUCCUUUUGUUGUUGACGUAAGAAACUGGCAGCAGAACAGUGAGCAACACAUCUCUCUAUAGUUCCCAAAUGGAGCAGCUGGCAUUUCCUGAGCCUGAAGCAGAUAGGAGAGUGAAGCACUGCGGUACAGAAGUAUCUCGGGAGAGAAAAGUGCAGGGCAACCUGAGCAAGGAACUUGGCAUCUCCGAGAUGCAGCGCCAGCACUUCAGGAAGCUCUGCUACCAAGAGGCGGAGGGACCCCGAAAGGUGUGCAGCCAGCUCCACCGCCUUUGCCACCAGUGGCUGAAACCCGAAAGGCACGGCAAGAGGCAGAUCUUGGACCGGCUGGUCCUGGAGCAGUUCCUGGCCGUCCUUCCCCCGGAGAUGGAGAGCUGGGUCCGAGAGUGUGGGGCAGAGACCUGUUCCCAAGCCGUGGCCCUGGCAGAGGGAUUCCUCCUGAGUCGGGCAGAGGAGAAGAAGCAGAAGGAGAUGCAGGAGACUGGAGUGCUUCGUACAAUGGCCCGUGAGCUCCCGCAAGAAGAGGAGACCUCACAAGACACAAGACUGAAGAAACCGAUUGGGCAGAUUGUACAGGAGGAGUUUGGAAGAGGUGCCAACUCGCUGGUCAGUGAAAGAAUCCAUGUUCUGCCUCCCGUGCAGUUACCUGUAGGAAUGGAAACAUCUCCAGUCCUGUUGGAUCAGGGCCUGGUGUCCUUUGAUGAAGUCACAGUGUGCUUCACCCAGGAAGAGUGGGCAAUGCUGGACGCGGGCCAAAGGGCUCUGCAUCAGGAAGUCAUGGAGGAGAACCGCAGGGUUGUGGCCUCUCUGGGAGGCGGAAGGGAACGAAACAAAGAGGAAACACAGGAAAACACUGUAGUAAAACAAACAUUGAUUAUCAGUUCUCGUAAAAGCGCAAAGUUCUGUGAAACGCCAUCAAAGAGAGAAAAGAAAACUUCAGUGAGGAAGACACCUUUCAAAUGUUCCGAGUGCGGAAAGGGCUUCAGUCAGCGCAGCACACUCGCUGACCAUCACCGAAUCCACACCGGCGAGAAGCCAUAUACAUGCUCAGAGUGUGGGAAGAGCUUUAGUCGUAGCCGAGCCCUCGCCGAUCACGAAAGGAUCCACACUGGAGAGAAGCCGUAUCAGUGCUUAGUGUGUGGGAAGAGCUUUGCUCAGAGCAGUAACUUUGCCUACCAUAAAAAGACCCACACAGGAGAGAAGCCGUUUGAAUGCCCCGAAUGUGGAGAAAGCUUCAGCCGCAGCCGCGCUCUUAUCGAUCACCAAAGAAUCCACACCGGAGAGAAGCCGUACGAAUGCUCGGAGUGCGGGAAGAGGUUCACCCAAAGCAGCACUCUUACCUAUCACCAAAGGACUCACACGGGAGAGAAGCCGUAUCAGUGCCUGGAGUGUGGGAAGAGCUUCUCGCAGAGCAGCAACCUCUCGGCUCAUAAGAAAACCCACGUAUACAAACCGUUGCAAUGUGUAGAGUGUGGAAAAAACUUCCGCUCCAGUGAAAACUUUGCCUUUCACCUUGGGAUACAUACAGCGCGGGAAAGGACCAAGAGUCCCCAACAUUUGUGGAGGGGUGGGAAUAUUUGGGACACAGAGGAAGUGCCAUGGGUGCAGUCCCAAAAUGGGUACAACCAAUCAGAAAACAUUCAUUUCCCAGAAUAGGAAACAGUUGAAACUAAAAUACUAAUUGCCCUAAAGACUGGCAACAAGGACAUUAUUGCAUCUAAACCACGUAUGGG